CAUCCACAGAGAAACAUGAUGGACCCUGAGGUGUCUGUGCUGCUGCACUGUGCACACUGGAGGGGGCUGCUAGAGACUCAAGUACAAGUGGAGCUUUCUGAAAGAUUUAACAGGCAGACAGAUCUGCAUCUAGAGCAUCACAUAAAAGAGGUUUGGGCUGAGCGGCUAUCCAAGGAGCCGUGGCUUUUUAACGGCGCCAAAUUCAGACUGCAUUCAUUCUGCUUGGCCUCCCCAAAACAUCCACAUUACACUCAGGCCUCCUGUGUCCCCCUCCUGCACUGUGCAGAGGAGCAGGAAAAGCAAAGAGGGGAUGGUGAUGCAGCUCGGCAUGGUGUGGACGUGAAGAACGGUUGUAUAAAUCAGACAGAAAGUUUUGGAGGAUCAACGGGCUCUGCAGCCGAUUGUCACUCACACACCGGGCCGCUCCUCAUUCUGAGACUGGGCCUCACCUGCUACAAGGACUACCUUGGAACAAACUGGUCAUGUCAAGUGGCAGAGCUCCGUCGGCAUGGAGAGGAGGAGUUCGGUGAUCCUCUGGCCCUGCUGGCCCAGCCUCUCGGUGUGGGCGCAGUGAUGUGCACUGAUGACGGUCAGGUGGUGCUGAUCAGGAGGAGCCAGAAAGUGGCUGAGGCCGGUGGGCUCCUGGACAUUCCUGGAGGUCACCCAGAGCCCAAGGUGGUGUGUGAGCGUUUGGGUCAGGAGGUGUGUGAGGAGCAGAUCAGUGUGGUUAAGAUGCAGCAGAGACCGGAAGCCAUCGUCUCAGAGCUGUUCUCCUCGGUGUGUGCAGAGAUCAGAGAUGAGGUGAAUAUUCCCGUGAGCUCGCUCGGCGUGCCCGUCCUGAUGGGCGUCGCUCUGAAUCACACCAGUGCUGGAAGGCCGAGCGCCGAGUUCUACGUUAGUUGCUCAUUGCGUUCUGAUGAAGUGAGAAAGUUAUACUGGAAAGGAGGAGCCGAGGCCAACGAGUCCACGGACGUCGUCUUCCUCAGCAGAACGGAGGUUUUGCAGCUGAACCGAAGCAGCCCUCUUUGGUCAGAGAUGUGUCCCUCAGCAAAAGGAGCCGUGCUUCUUUAUCAGACGGUGAAACCCGAUGAGGAGCGGGCGGCCAGAAAACCGCAUCGCAACGUGGAUACAAAAGACCAGACCAGCUCCAAGUGUUCAAGUUAGAUUUAUUCACUUCAACACUGGUGUUAAAACUCUGCAAAAUACUGUAAAUUUAUCCAUUUUUGUACUGUAUA